AUGGCGAACCCACGUUCCUUCACGCUGCGCGGCGACGCGCAGCUCAAGCUCUCGUCGCGCGACGACAUCGCGCCGUACCUCGAGAAGCUCGACGCCAUCGAGGACCUCGAGGAGGUGCACCUCGGCGGCAACUCGCUCGGCGUCGAGGCCUGCCGCGCCCUCGCCGAGGUGCUGCAGCGCAAGAAGCAGCUCAAGAUCGCCGACUUUGCCGAUAUCUUCACGGGCCGCCUCAUCGACGAGAUCCCAGAUGCGCUGCGGGCGCUCUGUGACGCGCUGCUCGAGACCGAGUCGCUCGUCGAGCUUGACCUCUCCGACAAUGCCUUUGGCGGCCGCAGUGCUGAGCCGAUGGUGCAGCUCCUCACGCACAACCACGCGCUGCAGGUGCUCAAGCUCGCCAACAACGGCCUCGGCAUCACCGGCGGCACCAUCGUCGCCAACGCCCUCACUGCCGCGGCCAAGGAGCUGCAGAGCCAGGGCCGCGAGUCGAACCUGCGCACCGUCAUCUGCGGGCGCAACCGCCUGGAGAACGGCUCGGCGCCGGCGUGGGCCGAGGCGUUUGCGGCGCACGGCCGCCUGCGCGAGGUGCGCAUGUACCAGAACGGCAUCCGCAUGGAGGGCAUCGAGGCCAUCACCUCGGCGCUGACCAAGUGCCCGACGCUCGAGGUGCUCGACCUCAUGGACAACACGGCCACGCUGCGCGGCUCGCGCGCCAUUGCUGCCUGCCUGCCCUCGUGGCCGGCGCUGCACACGCUCAACCUCAACGACUGCCUGCUGCGUCCGCGCGGCGGCGCCCUCGUGGCGCAGGCGCUCGGCAAGGGCAACAACAAGGCACUGCGCAAGCUGCAGCUCGGCUACUGUGAGCUCGACCCCGCGGCGCUCUCGGCGCUGGCAAAGGCCAUCUCGGCGCAUCUCGAGCAGCUCGAGAGCCUCGAUGUGAACGGCAACUGGGCGGAAGAGGAUGAUGAGAGUAUCGAGAGCAUCAAGAAGGCGUUGGAGAAGUGGGGCCACGAGGAGGGCCUGGAGGAGCUCGACGACCUCGACCCGGAAGGCGAGCUGUCUGACGCCGAGGGCGAGGAUGCCGCAGUCGCAGACGAGACCGAGGCAGAGGAUGACGAGGACGAGCUGGCGGAGACGACCGCUGCGACGGAGCAGCUCUCUGUCGCGGACACGCAAGAGGUGAGACUGGCAGGCGAGCCGCAUCUGCUUAGCUGCUGA